CCGACUCCGGCUCCUGUGCAGGGGGGGAGGCGGAGGCAGCACAGGGCCUGCGGGAGGAGGGCGCGAGUGGCCGGAGCCGCUUUGCAUCACCGAAGCCCGGACCUGGGCUCCACAGCAGAAUGGCAGACAUGCUGGGAUUGAUGGAGAGACUGGAACAUGCAGUCAGCCGGCUGGAGCAGCUGUCCGCGGGGUUGCAUGGAUCUCCUGAAGGCUGUGGGGAAGUUAAUGGUGUCAAUGGAGGCGUGGCUCCGUCCGUGGAAGCCUUUGACAAACUGAUGAACAGUAUGGUAGCAGAGUUCUUAAAGAACAGCCGAGUCCUUGCUGGUGACGUAGAGACUCACGCAGAAAUGGUACACAGUGCUUUCCAGGCCGAGCGUGCUUUUCUUCUCAUGGUCUCUCAGUACCAAGAACCCCAGGAGAAUGAAGUUGCUGUCCUCCUGAAACCCAUAUCUGAGAAGAUUCAAGAAAUACAGACUUUCCGCGAGAGAAACCGGGGGAGCAACAUGUUCAACCACCUCUCGGCAGUCAGCGAGAGCAUCGCCGCCCUGGGGUGGAUAGCUGUGUCCCCCAAACCUGGUCCUUAUGUCAAGGAGAUGAACGAUGCUGCCACCUUUUACACAAACAGAGUCCUGAAGGACUUCAAGCACAGCGAUCUGCGCCACGUGGAUUGGGUGAGGUCCUAUCUCAACAUCUGGAGCGAGCUGCAAGCCUACAUCAAGGAGCACCACACCACGGGCCUCACUUGGAGCAAAACAGGUCCUGUAGCAUCCACAGCAUCGGCACUUUCUAUCCUCUCCUCUGGGCCUGCUCUCCCCCCACCACCUCCACCACCGCCUCCUCCUGGGCCACCCCCACCUUUUGAGGGUGAGGGUAAAAAGGAGGAGCCCUCCCCUUCUCGGUCAGCUCUAUUUGCCCAGCUUAAUCAGGGAGAAGCCAUCACAAAAGGGCUCCGCCAUGUCACAGACGACAAGAAGACAUACAAGAAUCCCAGCCUGAGGGCUCAAGGGCAAGUUCGAUCUCCAACCAAAACCCACACGCCAAGCCCCACGUCUCCAAAAUCGAAUUCUCCUCAGAAACAUGCUCCAGUGUUGGAGCUGGAAGGGAAGAAAUGGAGAGUGGAAUACCAAGAGGACAGGAAUGACCUUGUCAUCUCAGAGACUGAGCUGAAACAAGUGGCUUACAUUUUCAAAUGUGACAAAUCCACUCUUCAGAUAAAGGGAAAAGUAAACUCCAUCACUGUUGAGCUUUGUUUUUUUUCUCUUUUAGAUAACUGCAAGAAGUUUGGCCUGGUGUUUGAUCAUGUGGUGGGCAUCGUGGAAGUGAUCAACUCCAAGGACAUUCAGAUCCAGGUAAUGGGGAGAGUGCCAACAAUCUCCAUUAAUAAGACAGAAGGAUGUCACCUGUACCUCAGUGAAGAUGCCCUAGACUGUGAGAUUGUGAGUGCCAAGUCGUCCGAGAUGAACGUCCUGGUCCCUCAGGGUGACGAUUAUAGAGAAUUUCCCAUUCCUGAGCAGUUCAAGACAAUAUGGGAUGGAUCCAAACUGGUCACGGAACCCGCAGAAAUCAUGGCCUGACAUCCAAGAGACAUCCUUCCCGCGUCUCCUCUAGCAAACAGAAGCAAGCAGCUAAUAGGAGCUAGAUGUCACCAUAGCCCCGGCGUCUAUGUCAGCGGCCUGCAGUUCUGUGCUGUGGAAAACAGUAUCUUUUCUGGCGAGCUUUUAUGGGCGUUUUGAAAUAGUUAACAUUUGAUCAUGAUUUGUGCGUGAUUUGUACUUCCAUAUGAUAACUAGUAAACACAGCAGUUAAAGGGAAAAGAAGUCUUUGCCCAUGGUAUCAUGAAGACUGUAACUGAUAAGGAAAAGUUCUGCCUAUUUCUUCCUUUCCGUUUAAUUCCUAGUUGAAGAAAAUGAAGCCUUAGAGAUUCUAUGUUUUUACCUUUUAGACAACUUUAACAUGAUGAAGUAGUCUUGUGCCCUGAAGAAUAAGAGUCUAUUUUUUAAUUUUUACAUGUUCACCUUUAUCGGUGUGAACAUCAUGUUAGCAUGAAUGCAUACUUCGAUCCAUGUUUUUGCAAACACAGACAUAUACACGAAGAGGAAACUUCUAAGGAAACACAAUAUACUCUUUAUAGUCAUUGAAAAACGAAAGAAAUCUUAACUCCUCAUCUUAAAUAUCUUUCUCCUGAGUCACUUUGAAAAUUCUUAUUUGUCUGCAUAUC